CUGGUUUUUCUGUUGCUCCGACGUUUUGAACCUUGUUGGGAAGUUUUCAGGCCAUCUUUGGAGAGCUGUUUGCUGCUGAGGAUUUUGGUUUAGGAUCCAGAGCAUGUACAUACGCUAAGUUGAGGAGUGAUGUUGUGGACUACACGGUUAUUACUCUGCUGUGUUGUGGGUCUUGUUUCCUGCCACGCCGCCGCUGCACAAGGAGUCCUUCUCACCAAGAGCAGUGUGUACCCGAACCCCGACACUCUCCUGGAGGGAGAGAGCGUCUACUACGAUGUUCGACUGUCUGCAACUCCAAGUUCAACGGCGAGAGUCACGUUCCUGGUGACGAACACCACGAGGGUAGCGGUGUCGGUGGCGGAGGUGGAGUUCACCGGGGCGGACUGGGACGUCGCUCGGCGGGUGGAGUUGGUAGCGCCCGAGGACGGGGCGGUGGAGGCGUCGGUGGGGACGGUUCCCGUGCAGGUGUGGUACCAGGAGGGGGGCAACGCCGCGACACUCGCCGCUACGCUACAGAUAGAGCUACAGGACAACGAUUAUGACCAGUACCUACGUCAUGGUUCCAUCAGCUGGACCCGCGACGUCACUUCCGGCCGGAGCGUGGCGGUGUUCCACAUCAGCCUGUCCUACCACACGUCACUCCGGCCUGACGUCACUUCCGGCGACGUCAUCGGUGUUCCGGUCACCCUGAACUUCAACGAUGGCAGUCAGUCAACCGACGCCUUGGACGUUAUGGUUGUUGAGGUGUCCAGUGAAGGGUACAUCCUGACGUCAGCGGAAGUGACGCACGACUUCGGAGCCUCCUCCGCUGCAUCAUGGGAAGUGUCGUUGUCACAGUGUUGCCGUGGCAACGCACUGCUCAACAACAGAGGCACUACCAUGACGCUCCAGACGACUGUUGACCUGACAGCGGGUUCGGGACCACACCUGGCGACGUUACCUGUCGUACACUGGUACAAAGGGCACACCGCCGAGUUCUACUUCCCUGCCACGUCUGCGUCAGGAACACCCGUGGUUUUCGGCCUGGCCUCCUCAGCGGAGUACGGCUCGGGCCAGGCAGGCCCGCCCCCCGGGCUGCAGCUGGACGCCGCGGCGGGCAGGGUNACGUGGGACGCCGCCGGGCUGCCCAGCGGGCUCUGGUCCGCUCUGGUGGUGAUACAGGACGCCGUCACGGGAGUUAAGGCGAUGCAAGAGCUGAUCCUCCACCUGCAUGACAGCACCCCGGACUUCCACCCACCCACCGUCCAGCCGUUCUCCGCCGUGCUUGGCGCCGUGCGUUACGUCAGCGUCAGCGGGACGUUCUCCCAGAGCGUCACCGUCACGGACCGGGACAGCGGGAACACACUGAGCAUGCGCGGGACGGCGGGACUACCGGACGGCUGGAGUCUGACGGAAACGUCCGCUGUGGACUCGGGAACUUCCGUUACAGCCGUGUAUGAUCUCCAGUGGACUCCCAGCACUGAUGACGUAGGUACUCACGUGAUCUGUCUGGAGGCAGAGGACAGUGCCGCGCUCACGUCUGUUCCACAAUGUCUGCAGAUCGUGGUCUCGUCUGGUACACCCAGUCAGAUCUCCCUGUCGGCAGCCAACACCACACUGAACCUAACAGACAGCAGUGCACAGUCCGUCUCCCUGGAAACCAUCGGUUUCGGUAUAACAACAUCCUCGUCCGUACAGUCCAUGACAGUCAGCCUGCUGUAUGCCUCAGACACCGGGCAGGAAAGGCUAACAUAUUCCAGCCAAUCAUCUUCGUCAGUAAGUGUUUCAUAUUACUCAGACACCACUGUGAUAUACGUGACUGGCAUAGGGCAGAGUACAGCCUACGAAACCGUUCUGAACGGAAUCAGCUACACCAACAGCGCGGCAAGUCCAACAGAGGGAACCCGCAUGGUUACCGUGCGAGCGUGUACCGAUGACAGGUGCGCCUUCCAUCGGGUGUACGUCGCCGUUAUGCCCGAAGGUUCUCCUCCAAGCGUAUCGGUCGGUUUGUCUGGGGCCGGAUCGUGCCCGGUAACGUUUGAUACUGAGGUCGGGCCUGCGAAUAUCGUUGCAAGCGCGGCUAUAACAAACGGCGGCGGGUUGAUAUCAGGAAUGAGCCUCACCCUCCACAACGCGACCGACGGGACUGCCGAAUCCCUGGCUGUCUCGUACACCCCCACGGAGCAGCUCCCUCUGCCGAUCGUCGCCGAAUCUGCAGAACUGAACACGCCUGUAGGCGCGGACGGUGUACAGACGGUGUCCCACGCCCUGUCAGUGAGCCAGAGCAACCAAACUGUUGGACAAGUCGUCGUCAUUGUGGACGUAAAACACUCGUGGAUCGGAGACUUGAAGUUGGAACUAGAGCAUGACGGAGUGACCGAAACUCUCGCCCUGCGUCCGGGCGGCUACGCCUGUUCACAGUAUCACCUCUCCCCAGCGGUUUUCCUCGGUAUUGCAGGGUAUGCAGACAUCGACUCCACGGACGGGGAGAUCCCCAGCCUCUCUAAGUCCGGAUCCGAGCCCGGAGUCUGCCGGUACGAGUCGCAUGGUUCCUUCAAACCGGACGGAGACUUUUCCGCGUUCGUCGGAACGGGUGCAGGCGGGGACUGGACGCUCCACGUCACCGAUCUGGUCUCGGAAAGCGGCGACGGUCGACUCGUCCGAUGGGCGCUGGUCAUCCUCCAGGAAUCAGAUAGUACGGAAGCGCUGGAUGGCCUACUGCCGUCUUUGGCGGCGGGCCUCGACCAAUCAACAUCGUCGAUACAGAAUGAGAUCCUGAUGGAACAAGGAGGCCGCGUGAGGGAAGUGUCUGUGGCGGUACAGAUGGUUGUAAGUCCCGUCAAUGGGUCAGACGUCACCCCGGCCCUCCUUCUUUACCAUCCUGACGGCACUGAGGUAGUUCUGAUGCAGGAAACCGCCGGCUGUAGCCUGAGUUCCCUUGCCUAUUUCGUCUUCCACGACAGCGGCACGCCCCCUACCGACAUCUGCGCGAACCGCAGCAGCGCCCUGACCAGUGUCCUGAAACCGUCCUCGUCCCUCGCGGCUUUGGCGGGAAAAGCGGUGAACGGAGCAUGGCGAUUGGUCGUUGACGCUGGUGAUGUCACCGUUGCCGUGGAGAUGUUCUCGUGGUCGUUACGCGUCGCAGCCGAGCCGAACGUCGAUUGGUCGUACGAUGCGGCAGCCAGUCAGUUGACGGUUACGGGCGCGGAUACGGCAGAGCGGUACGCAGACGUUCUAAACGCCGUGACAUACGGCAACUCCGACCCGUCUCCCGACUCCACCGCCGUCAGAUACGUCACGGUCGACGUCACCGGCGCGGACGGUCUGCGGGGCAGUGACGUCACGUGUCUGGAGGUCAGACACAGGCCGGUGGUUGACCUGAACGGGGCUGACCCCGGGACUGACCUGACCGUGACCUACACGGAAGAUGGCGGUCCGGUGUCCAUUGUGAGAGAGGACGCGACCUUGGCGGCUUCCGACAGCAGCAGCGACAUUAGCUACGUCAUAGCGGAGAUCACCAAUCCGGCUGAUGGAGAUCUGGAGGUUCUGCGUGUACAGAACAUCACGACGGUAGAACACGUGACCGUGCUGGGGCAGACCGUGAGUGUUGACGUCAUCAUCGCUCCCGUGGUGCACUUCACAUCCGGGCAACUCAACAUCUCAGGACUCAGCUCCACAAACGAAUAUCUACAGGUUCUUCUGACCUUGACUUACAACAACGAAGCCGAGGAGCCUGCUACGUCACGCCGCGUCAUCCACGUCACGGCCAAUGACGGGGCCCGGGAGAGUGACGUCACCACCGUCACCGUCACGGUCACACGCGUGAACGACGCGCCACACUUCAACACCAACCCGCUGCCUUCUCUCUCCACACAGGAAGACGCCAAUAAGUUCACGCAGGUUCCCAUAACCGUGCUGCAGUUCAUAGGUAUAGGGUUUGACUCGAUCAUCAGUGAUAACGACGCGGGUGCGACUCAGGGCAUCGCCAUCAUCGGAGCCGACAACACCAACGGGCAGUGGGACUACCUGGCCUGGCCCGGCGCUUACACAGAAAUUGCUGACGGCGGGAGACAGCCGGACGGUACCGUGUACAGGAACAGCACGCUGUCUGCGCUGUCCGUUGUGCUGAAGGCGGAGUACUUCAACUUCCUCCGCUUCAUCCCAGACCCGAACUUCAGCGGCGAAUCCACCAUCAGCUUCGUGGCGUGGGAUCUCUCAGGUUCCACGUCUACCCUCUCCAACGGUGACUUUGUGAACGCCACCUACACGGGCAAUACAGGACCGUUCAGUGAGGAGCAUGUGACCGUGACUUUGACCGUACAGCCGUCCAAUGACGCGCCGACCGCCGACACGUCACAAGUGGUGACCUUUAACCCCAUCGAUGAGGACGUCACUGAUCCUGCGGGUGAUGACAUCACCGUCCUGGUGUCCAACUGUGAUGACGUGGACCUCACCUGGCCCGGCACGCAGCAGAACAUCGGCAUCGCUGUUACUGGCGUUGAUAGCUCUCACGGCGUGUGGGAGUACAGCACAGAUAACGGGACCAGCUGGUCGGGCCUGGGAGCGGUGUCGUCCAGCUCGGCGGUGCUGCUGGGAGAGGACGGGGACACUGGGCGGUACCGGCUCCGCUUCCGGCCCGACCCGGACUUCUCCGGGACCGCCUUCCUGUACUACCGCGCCUGGGACUUCACCGCGGGGUCUGCGGGCGACACUGGGGUAACAGCCACCUAUACAAGCCCCACUGGUGCUUUCAGCCAAUCAGAAGCCAUCGCCUCCAUCACGGUCCAACCGUCCAAUGACUCCCCAUUGGUCACUGGUGGUGUUACCAUGGUGACCAUCGCAGAAGACGUGACGUCAGACAACAACCUCGGCACGUUCGUGUCGGCCAUGUUGUCCGGACACUACACGGACAGGGACACCGGAAAUGACGCGGGCGUUGCCGUGGUUACGGUGGACGAGACCUACGGUGACUGGCAGUACACGUGCGACACCGGCCUUCCUUACGAUUGGCUGGAUUUUGUGGGCGGGUAUCACCUUGGUUACGUGGUUCCCCCGCUUCCAACGCUGACCAGCGCGACUUUGCUGAAGUCCACAUGUCGUGUUCGGUUUCUACCGCAGCCAAACAUGAACGCCGAAAACAUGGCGUCCGCGCCUUACUUUACAAUCCUCGGUUGGGACAACACGGAGACCGGGCUGACGACGGCGUCGAGCUACGGCGUGGACGUAUCAGGUUACGCCGACAGCGAUCAGAACGAGUUCGGCUCGGACCUGAUUAACGUGACGAUCCACGUCACCGCCGUGAACGACCCACCUGAGUUACAACUAGCAGGCAGCGCUGUGGACGUAGUGUUUGCAGAACAUGGUGAUCCAGUCGCACUGGUAGGAGACGGCUACAGCCUGACCGACGUGGAUGACGACAGUCUUGUUCGCGCUACCGUCAGCAUAGAUGGACAAGCUUUAAACAACUGCUCUGAGUCAUCAGCGUCUGUUGAAGAAGUUACCGUCAACCUAGACGGCACUAACCUCACGAAAAACAUUCUAUCCGUGUGCCCGUUUCAGAUGACGAUCACUCCUAACGAUUCUAUCGCUGAUUCGGGUACUCUGGAGGAGUUCAGAGCGGCUCUCAGCACCCUUUCCUACGCGAACUCCUACACCAACCCGGACCUGCUCAGUCGGACCGUCAGCGUCACCGUGUUUGACGGAAGUGACGUCAGCGACACCGUGAGCGCUCACGUGACCAUCGCAGUGACCAAUGACGCGCCAAUGCUAAACAACGUCACCAGAUUCGAACCUAUCGCAGAAGACGUACAAGACAGUGACAACAACGGAACGACCGUGUUGACACUAGUCGAAGACAUCUACACAGACAGUGACGUAAACCAUGACGUAGGGAUUGCUGUGGUGGGGGCGGACACCCGAUACGGGGCGUGGCAGUGGUGCUGCCAAUGCGAGAACGCCACGUGGCAGGACCUGAUUGGUGGGAUGUACUACGGGUACGUCGUUCCGCCCGACCCGCUGCCGGAAAAGGCGACACUCCUCUCAGCCAGCUGCAGAAUCCGGUUCCUUCCCGAUGCCGACUUUAACACGGAGUUGGAUGCGCAAGGCUCCCCACGCGAUGUCGGUGACCGCCCGUAUGUGACACUCAAAGCCUGGGACAACACGGGCGAUACGGCAGGCAUGGUUGGGCAGUUUGGGGUCGAUACCACCGCAUGUUCCAACCUUUACACAUGCGAGUUCAGCGUGCAAGCCGUCAACGCUACGAUAGAAGUACUGUCUGUUAAUGACCCUCCAGAAAUCGCAGUCCCUUCGGGAUAUUCGUUAGACUUUGUAGAAGACGGGAACCCAAUCUCUUUGCUUCUUGACAGCUUUGAUGUCUUAGACAGAGACGGAGUGGAUCUUAACAAAGUCACAAUUUCCUUGCAGAACUCAGCUGGCGACGAGGGGUUUCUUCUCAAUGCAACGAGUGUGGAAAACGUGACAAUAAGUAACAGUGACGACUUUGCUACAGUAUCAGGAGCAAACAUAGAACAGAUCGCCUUCAAUGGAACAAGUCAAAUGACACUCCAAGCACCUGCCAACCAAUCAGCAGUCAGUAUUGAGGCCUACGUCACCCUGCUACGUUCCGCCAUGUACUACAACAACCAGCCUGAGCCGGACAACUUCACUCGCCAGGUCCGCAUCUGCGCAGACGACGGACAGGACACGACUUGUGAGAGCUUCAGCAUCUCCGUCCAUCUUGUUGGAGACAACGCGCCCGUUCUUAGCAUCGGCUCCUUCAACUUCACCUUCCUUGAAGACGGUGACGACGUGUUCGUGGUGGACCCGGAGAAUCUCACCCUGUCUGACGCCGACAACAAUCAGUACUUCUUCAUGGCUGAGGCGGUCGUGACGGUCCAGUCGUUGUCACCAGACUUAGAGACACUCUCAGUCGACACCGCCAACACCUCGUUGACUUCUGACUUUGAUGCUGCGAGCGGUACUCUCACCCUAACGGGCCAGGCUAGCGCGCAGACCUACCAAGAGGUUUUACGUACUGUUACGUACAAGCACAGCGGCUCUGAACCGCAGCCGGGCCCGAGAACUCUCACGUACUACGUCACCGACACGGAGGGGCUUCAGAGUCACGUCGUAGUCGCGAGUGUCGAGGUGGAAGUUAUAAACGACUGUACGCCAGUGUUGGAAGUCAGCGGGUCGUUUUUAUUCACAGAAGGUCAGGACUUACCGACCACUAUUGGGCAAAAUGUUUCCCUUUCUGACUGCGACAGUGGCAGCUUUCCGAUGGAGUCGGCUGUGGUUUGGAUCGACCCUGCUUAUGAUGCGGGCUCGGAAUCAUUGUCUGUGACGUCUACAGAGGGUAUAAUGUUUACGUAUCUUCCAGAUGACGGUACCUUGCGUCUUAACGGCCCAGCUUCUUUAAGUGCCUUUCAGUCCGCCCUGGAGACUCUUGUCUAUGCAAACAGCGCGGAAGAGCCCACCCCUACAACCAGACACGUGUACAUGUACGUAUCGGACGGUUUGCACAACAGCACCGUCGUCAGCGUCACGGUCAACAUCAGUCUGGUCAACGACCCGCCGGUCAUCGACCUCAACGGCGACGUCACGGCCGGAGCUGACGUCAUCGUCGUGUACACGGAAGGAAGUGGCGACAUGGCCGUGGCAAACAGUUUAACCCUCACGGACAACGACAACAGUCUUCUGGCUUACGCUAACAUCACGCUGGUAAACAAUCCCGACUAUGGGUAUGAAACAGUCAAAGUGGACACCCUGAGUACAUCACUGACUGCUAGCUAUGUGGAUGCCAAUCGUUCAUCUAUCAUCCUGUCUGGUGAGGAUACUGUGGAAAACUAUGCCUCUGUACUUAGGACAGUGUCUUACACUAACCCGCACGGAGAUCCAGACCCGCAACAACGCGUCGUGGAGUUUACUGUAUCCGACGGCAUCGCUGAAUCUGUUAAAGGCACCGCUUAUAUCAUCUUCGAGACGCAGAACGACGCACCGACCUUGUCAUCCGUCUCCACUGUCGUGUCCUUCACAGAGGAGGGUCCGCCUGUUGCUGUGUCCCCGUCCGUUACAGUGUCCGAUGUCGACAGCACAAUUCUCGCGUAUGCUACUGUAGCUAUCACGAACCAUAUCGACUUGGGCUGGGAGAUUCUGAACGUAUCAACCUCAACAAGCCUGUUUUCCGACUUCAACGCGACUUCAGGCGUUUUGUACAUCUCUGGGGUGGCGAGUGUAGAAGAGUAUCAUACUACUUUACAAACUGUGACCUAUCAAAACACUAAAGACGAGCCGUCUACUGAAGCUAGGGUUCUCGCCUUCAGCUGUAGCGAUGGCAUAACGGAAAGCAUUCCUCUAAACAUCACAGUCAACAUAACUGCCGUGAACGACCCUCCUUCUAUCGUCCUUUCCAGCGGAAAUUCUACAUAUUCCGGCUUAUUUAUCGAAGACUUUCUUGCGUCUCCAAUUGUCGAGUCUAAUGUGACGGUGUCAGACGAAGACAGCCCUUUCCUUUCCGAAAUUUUCAUUAACGUUAGUAACGUGGCAGAAGAGGGAUUCGAAGGAGUGUUCCUAGACUUGUCGUACUUGUCUGAUAACGAGCCAUUUGACCAGACGCAGUACAGCCAGAUUCUUCAGUACAACUCAACCCUGUGCAUAGCAGAUUCCGUACACCCCUCCAUACAGCUACAGGGCGCUUACACGCCAGCACAAGCCAAGGAGCUCCUCCUAGUGGCCAGAUACUGUACUGCACACGACAACCCCACCGAAGGCGAGCGAGUCAUCACCAUCACCAUAACCGACGACCAGGACGAACCCAGCACCAUAGUCACUGCCGCUGUAAUGGUAAGACGCGUUAACGACCCUCCGCGUCCAAUCAGCGAACCCUUAACAACUUCCUUCACGACUCUUGAAGACAACGUCUUAACAAUCACCGCCUUUAGUCUCUUCUACGACCCCGAAGAAAACUUGACGACGUCUUCGGUGAACGUGAUGUCUUACCCCACCAGCGGGGACCUGACUGUUACCAGUGAAGGGGAUCUACAAUACACUCCCGCCUUACAUGACUUUGGUCUGUACAGUCUAGACUACCGAGUAUGUGACUCAGAUAACGCGUGCACUGAGACAUUUACUCUAACCAUCGACGUCGUGUCAGUGAACGAUCCGCCCGAACCCGUCUUGCCCCUGACCAUCACCACUUCAGAGGACACGCCCGUGUCUACAGACUUAAAGACGUUCGUCCAAGACGUUGAAGACGACGCGAGCGGAGAUACGAACUACCCAAGCAUCACAAUAACCGAUCUUCCAACUACUGGACAUGCGGAGUUUUCCUCAGACUAUAGAGUUAUGAACUUUACUCCCGCUGCAAACUUUUACGGCGCGGAGCAAGUCGGAGUGCGUUUCUGUGACAGCGACGGAGCCUGUAUAGACAACACCAUCACUGUGACAGUAACGACUGUUAACGAUCCACCAAACCUGACUGUAAGCAACGGGAACGAACAGGCAAACCCGAUACAAACCAGGGAGGACGUUUCUGUAACGGUGGCGAUUGUUGUAUCUGACGUAGAACAGCGCACGCCGUUUAGUAUCAUCACGAACGACACAGCGCACGGGACAGCGGUACACAACGCGACCGCACAGGUACAGACCCUUACGGAAGACACCGACAACACAUUCAACACUCUGUACACGGUUUCAACUCAUAUAACCUACUCUCCUAACACGGAUUAUGUCGGGGAAGACCGUGUGGUGUUCUACGCAUGUGACACGGAUGGGGCAUGUGCGCAGGGUACCAUUCAUAUUCAGGUUUCCUCAGAAAACGACCCACCAGAAGUCGGCUCCACCACAGUCCAUACCGAGGAGGACACGCCCCUGGUCAUCAGGCUCCCGGACGGGCUGAACAUCACCGACGCGGAGGACGCGCUGGACUCGUCUGACGUCGACGUCACGCGUAACGUCACGCUGGGAGUUCUGACGUACGACGCUGACGGCGACCUGGUUUACACGCCGCCUGCACACUUCUACGCACUAAUCCUGAUGACGUCACGUUCGAGAUCCGUGUGUGCACAGAUCCGGAUCACAGUCAUCUCGGUGAACGACGCUCCAGUCGCCCCGCCGCAGUACGUGGAGCUGUACGAGGACACGAGGCUGACCGUGGACCUGGGCGCCGUGCUGACCGACACGGAGGACGCUAACGGCACGGUCGCCGCCGUGAGCCUGAUGGCGCCGCUCCCUAGCCUGGUCACCGCCGAGUACGACAACCACACCGGAGUGGUCAGCAUCGUGGCGGGAACGGACAGGCACGGGAAGGACCUCAUACACUACCAGGCCUGUGACUCAUCCGGGCUCUGCAACCUGGACGGCAUGAUCAUCGUCACCAUCCUGGAGGUCAACGACCCGCCGGUCGUCAACCCCUUCACCUUCCACGCCUCUGAAGACGUCACGAGCGUCAUCAGCGUCUCCGACCACUACAGCGACCUGGAGACCGGCGAGCUGUCCUCCCUAACGCUGCGGCUGGUCAACCCCGCGUCCGGGGCCUACACAACGGAAGGGACGUCAGAGAGAGGCGGGGAGCUGGAGGCGAUCAGCAGUGCGGGAUUGGUACAGUACAAGCCGUUGCCUGGUUACCUCGGUGACGACAGUUUCGCGUUUGUCGUCUGCGAUCCGUGCGACCAACGGGAGGCCCGUCUGACCGGAGGGUAUGUGGAGGGGAUCCCCAGCUGUCAGAGGCAGCUGGAGAUGAACCAAGGGGACGAAUAUGGCGCUAACGGCACCCACAUCGCCUGCUCGGUAUCCAUGGUAACGAUAUACGUCAUGAACACAAACGAUGCCCCGGAUGUGUCCGCGUUCCACGUCGUCACCAGCAGGUAUGAGGUAGCGACCAUAAACCCCAUACACACCCUCACGUCUGGCGAGUAUACCACAGCGGAUAUGUCUAUAUUUGACCCUGAUGACGUACAAGCCCAGGAACUGUUAAACAACGGAAAGAACUUGACCUUCUACCAAAUGAUAGAUACAACUGACUUAAACAGCACAACUCUAGCCGUAACUUCACAGCCUACGAAAGGUACGGCAACAGUUGACAAAUCUACAGCCGUGCCCACCAUAACGUUCACUCCAAGACAAAACGAGAGCGGCUACGACAGUUUCCUUUUCCAAGUUUGCGACAAAGACACUCAGUACAAGUCUUCCCAGUGUGGCGGCAACGUCGUAAGAGUCAUGGUCACCGCGCCGAGUCCUUACAUAGUCAACGUGACGGCUUUUCCGGGAACGGAGAACGACAACAACGUCCACUCCGACUCCAAAUAUUCAUCCGGGGAUUCUCUCCGAGUAGUUUUUAACGAAGACACCAACAUGCCUCCGUUUGGCCGAACGGGUUCUACCAUCGCAGCCAGCGAUCUGCGCAAGAUGUUCACUUUCAACACGAACCUGACAUCAGCCAGAAACACCGAGGCUUUUACCGGUACGUGGAUAACCCCGCGAGUGUUGGACAUCACCGUUAUAGACGAGGGAUACCCGCAGCUCGAGCCGAAGAUAGGAGAGUGGACGGUGAGCGUCAGCCCGGUUGCCCCGUGCGGCGGGUUUGAUGAGACGCACGCGCCGUUGCCGGAGGACCGGUGGUCGCCGUACUGCCUGCUGAAUGCCGUGAAGGAUUCCGCUCACUCUAACAGCACUUCUCCUCCGCUGGGUGGGAACUGGGGCCUCCGGAUACCCUCUCUCACAACUAUCGUAGUGAGGAAUGACCUGGUGGAUGUCUCCGUGUUGCGUGACCAGCCCGCGUACUUUGGACAGGGCUCCCAGCUGGUCCUGAGUCUCCAGCCCGCCCUGUCCCACCUACAACUACAGCUGUUCUGUCAGCAGAACCCGCAGAACAUCAUUUCCAUGGAAACGUUCGGCCCCGGAACCAGCAUGGUCAAGACGAGCUGUGUGAACCGUGAAGCGGACCCGCGGGAACAAGUCGCCGAUGUCAAACGGCGCGAUGUCAAAGGUCAAGGUCGGGUACCACGUGACGCCGAGGUCACCAAUAUGCCAGAGUUCACAGAGCUUGUUCUACAGGUCGAAGGAGCGUCUUCGGGAAAUCUUACUGUGCUGCCAGAAGACGCCUUCGUCGAGACCGUACAAGGAGCCUUCAAGACGGACUCCUUGGCAGGCGUCUUGGCCAGCACCAGCGGAGUGGAGACUCAAGACUUCCUGGUCUACACGGCGUCGGUUGAAGACUCCUUCAGCGAGCCCAGUCUGUACCUGGAGCAGCUGGAUGCCAAGACCCCCCAGGUGGUCAGUGUGGUGGCUGAUGAUGCGGAUAAUGGGGACUCGCAAUGGAGCAAUGGCGACACCCUCACCAUCACCUUCGACGUGGACACCGACACACCUCCUGUUGCCACGGAGACGGAAAUAUCCCGGAUCAUGACCUUUAACCCUCCCCUGGGCACCUCCUACACCGGCCAAUGGGAGACCUCCUCUGUCCUGGUCAUCACUGUGCACGAUACGUCACAUCCGGGGAGUGAUGUAGACAACAUGGCCAACGUGACCUUGACGUUCACAGCAAACGUGCUAGUGACAGGGCAAGAGUUUACCGACCAGUACCAGUAUGGAGUUCCAUCCGAUAAGCCAAACUGUGUCGGCACCCGCGUGUGCGGCGGGUGGAACGCCUCUAGCGGUUCUGUUGGGAUCUGCAGCGCCGACCAGCUGUCCUGCCGCGCGCGGGGGGUCCACGGCGUGACAUCCGGGAACUUCGGUCGCCCUGACAACAGCCUGGACUGGUGGUACUACCUCAUCAUCACCAUGGCAACGGCGCUGACCUGCUGCACCCUGGGAAUUAUCGUGUACCUGCGGCAGCGCAAGCGGGCCAAGAACGGACCCCACCCGCCCAAGGAGAGGCGGAUCCACCGAGUCACCCGGCUGCUGAAGAAGCGCCAACUUAUCACGAGCAGUGACAAGGCCACGCCGCAAGGGGGCGUCGCUACACCGCAAACGGCUACCCUUAACUCAGUGUUAGUGAACAGCCGGCACGCACCUGUCCCCGUAGACAACAUCAUGCAGCGGAACGAUCUUCGGGACGGCCCGAGACACCCCAAGGAGCCGCACCUCAUCUCACAACCCGCGCCGUCCUUGAACUUCUCCAAUGAAAGCAACGUAAACCGGAACAAUAACGUCAACGGACCCUCUGCGACCAACAAGCUUCGGGAUGACGUCAGCCAAGGUUCGCCGGGUCACGUUGUUUCUGAUCCUUUCCUGCUGUCGCAAACGUCCGGGGUCCAGGGGUCCCAGCAGACAGCGUCAACGUUAGGACACGGACUGAACAGUGUUUCCACUGCCAACAACCUGAUCCAGGCUAGCCCCAACCCAACCUACCCCAAAAACAGGAUCUCAGCGGCCCAGCCACAAGGCCUGCUUUACCAGGCUACAGGAGAAGAGAGCGACCCAAAUGUGCCGGGACCCAUGGAGCCUGCUGCAAGCCUAGCUUCCCACCAAGUCAUGGAAAGGUCCACAAACAUAGACAUGUCAACAGAGCGGCGACGGCGGCCGGCCAGACGGAGAAAUCAUAGUCAGAUUCCGCGAAUCUCGGAACUUGCCGGGCCCCUGGAGGACCCUUCCCCGGUGCCGGCGGGCCCUGUGCCCGAAGACGACCCGGAGGUCGGCCCGCUGCUCAAGAGGUCUUCUUCCAACUCUAUCUACAGUCUAACUACAGUAAACCUGGGGUUCGAAUCGGAAGAGAGACGGCCCGGCAGCUCCAGUAGCGAAAGCGUCGGGCCGCGGUCUUUUCUUGCGACGGACUCGGAGACCGGGCUCGCCAUCCGGACUCACGUGUACCCGCGCAUGGACUCCGACCAGUCGCUGAAGAGCAACGGCAGCGGGGAGGGGGGCGGCGGCCUGUCAGUAAGAAACACAAGCGGGUAGCGCCGGUGUCUGCAACAACUCCGUACAACACGAGGACUCCUACACUCGGGACGGGGGCACUUAAACCACGGCCGGUUUCGCCCGACAGUUCCCGUCCGGCUUCCAGCAGUUCCUCCAACAGCUCACCUGCGCCUCAGUUGCGCCGCCUAGCGAUUGCCGCGCGUCUGCUGCACUCCAACCGCCUGGACACGUCAGAGGCGUGACGUCACGGACUCGCACGUCACCAGAACGUUCUACGCCUGCGUGAAAGCACGGUUUCUGUUGAAUACGUUGUUCAACGUUGCAUCAGAAUUUUGCUCGUUGCAGACGAUAUCUUUUCCGACCCAAUAUACAGACAGGACGCCAUUCUUGAAUAUGCGACCACGACCUAAAACGAUACGUUAUUUACUUUAGUAGAAGUUGUAGAACUAUUGAACAGAAGCGUGUUUCAAAGUUGUAAUUUUCAGAAACGUGACAAUCUUCUCUAAGCAGAUGGUACUAAUUCAACCUAAAAUAGCCUGAUUUAUACUUAAUUAAGUUUCAGAAUUAUCAUAUCACAGAAGGCCAUUGUAACACGAGAUUGCAGAAAAAGCCAUACAUUUACGCUCACUGAAUACCCAGUGUAAGAUUUAAAGUGUACUGUAUGUAAAGGCACUCACAUUCGAGGUGGCUUAUUUUGAAGUAAGGAAAAUGAGGUUUUCGCGGCUUACAUGUAACUAAAUCUGUGGUGCAGUAGCUAGCGAUACAUUGGAAUGAAACCACGCGAAAAUUUCCAUAUUUAUCGCCCUCAGUCCCUUUGUAAUGGCGCGGUCACAUUUCCCAACCCGGGGCCCGGCCGGGCAGUCGUAUGGAACGAAA